AUGUUUUCACAUACUGCCAAAUCUUCGAUUAGAAAUUUAAGGAUGUCAUCGCCAUCAUCACGGUUAGCACAAGUUCAACGGCAAUUCAGCGCAAGUACCUCGGCCAAAAAAGAGAUUCAAGAUGCAUACAUUUUGAGUGCAUCAAGGACACCUACUGCAAAGUUCAAUGGGUCAUUUCUUACCGUGAAUGCCCCUCAACUUGGCGCUAUAGCCAUUAAAUCUGCACUCGAGAAAUCCAAAGUUCCGGUCGAAAAAAUCUCAGAUGUAUACAUGGGAAACGUAUUGCAGGGCGGUGUUGGACAAGCACCAGCUCGACAAGCUGCUAUCUUCGCUGGCCUCCCCUCAUCAGUUGAAGCGAUCACAGUCAAUAAGGUAUGCGCAUCUGGAAUGAAAGCCGUUGUGUUAGCUGCACAAAACAUCCAACUUGGUCUCGCAGAAGCGCAGAUUGCGGGAGGAAUGGAAAACAUGUCUCGAGUACCAUAUUACUAUCCUCGAGCUAGCAGUCUUCCACCAUUCGGGAAUGUACAAGCUGAAGACGGGCUCAUUAAAGACGGCCUAUGGGAUGUUUACAACCAAUUUCACAUGGGUGUAUGCGCGGAGACUACGGCAAAGAAAUAUGAGAUUACACGAGAACAACAAGACGAAUACGCCAUCCAAUCAUACAAACGGGCGCAAGAAGCAUGGAAAGUCGGCGCAUUCAAAGAGGAGAUUGCCCCGGUAACCGUAAAGGGACGAAAGGGCGACACUAUCAUCGAUACCGAUGAGGGUUACCUGGAUGUCAAAUUCGAUAAAGUUUCUUCAUUAAAACCAGCAUUUGUUAGAGAUGGAAGUGGAACAAUUACCGCUGCCAAUGCUUCGACCUUCAAUGACGGCGCUAGCGCAUUGGUAUUGGGAAACAAAGCCAUUGCACAACAGUAUGGAACCGGCUCGAGAGUAUUAGCAAGAAUUUGUGGCUCUGCAGAUGCUGCAAUUGAUCCAGUUGAUUUCCCAGUAGCUCCCGCCAAAGCAGUGCCACUUGCUCUAGAACGAGCUGGAAUCAAGAAGGAAGAUGUAGCAAUCUGGGAGUUUAACGAGGCAUUCGCAGCCGUUAUCAAGGCAAAUGAAAAGAUCCUCGGUCUUGAGAACGCAAAUGUUAAUCUACUUGGUGGAGCAAUCUCACUUGGCCAUGCUCUUGGAAGUUCGGGUUCGCGAAUUCUCACAACAUUAUUGCAUCAAUUAAAAGUCGGAGAAUAUGGUGUUGCAGCGAUUUGCAAUGGUGGUGGUGCGGCGACGGCGAUCGUCGUACAGAGAAUUGAUAGCGUAUAA